AUGGCAUCAGCGUCUAACGAGGCAGACGAUGAACUGAAUUCACGACAAAACGAAACAAUUAGCUCAGACGGCGAGAAAAGUCCGGAAGACAGUGGCGUAGCCCCAUCAGCUACUAGAAGUGUUUACCUUGUAACAUACAGCCAGGCGAGUUUAGAAAAGUUCCCUCUUCGAAAUGAUUUCGCAAAGGCGAUCAUUGACUCGUUCACUCGAGGUUCAGCCCAAGUACUUCACUGGUGUUGUAGUUUUGAAAGUCAUAAUGACGGUGGGAAACAUUACCACAUGGCGCUGAAGCUCAACAAAAUACAGAGAUGGCUUCCCUCCAAAAGAUACCUUUUAGAACAGUUUGGUGUCAGCGUUCAUUAUUCCAACAUUCACCAUGAUUAUUAUAGUGCAUGGCGCUAUGUUACGAAGAGUGAUGAAGCAUACGAAGAGAGUAAUGGGCACCCAGAUCUAGUAAAUACUGAUGUUCCGAAGACCAGUAAGGCGAGCAUAGGAAAGAGAAACCUUAGAGGCAAAGCGGUCAUCAAAACUCAAACUAAAACGAAGAAGAAACCAAAGCGAGUAGGAAAAGCAAGAAAGAAGCGUCUAACGCCAUUAGAUGUGUCAAAUUUAAUUUUGAGCAAGAACAUCAAGACAGAAACGGAACUUCACGCACUUGCACAAGAACAGCGGGAACGGGGAAAGAUAGAUCUUGUUGAGUUUAUUUUAAAUAGGUCACCUAAAACGCUAGCAGACAUACUUAGCACGACAUGGCAGAUGAAAGGGGCACGAGAAAAGAUUGCACGAUCUAAGAAGAGUCGCAUGGAUCUCCUUCAAGAAGCUUCAAACUCAGAUUGUGUUUCUGGAUGCAAUGGUGAUUGGCUGCAGUGUGCGAAAGAGGUUUUGCAGAACAAUGGCAUAGAUAUAUCUUGUUUUGCUAAUUCAGUACGAGAAAGCCUAACUAAUGGUCGCAAAAAACAUAAUGUAAUGAUUGUUGGCCCAGCUAAUUGCGGAAAGACCUUUCUCCUUAAGCCACUAAAGGUCGUGUACCAUACGUUCUGCAAUCCAGCAACUGGAAGUUUUGCGUGGGUCGGAAUACAAGAUGCCGAGUGCAUAUUUCUUAAUGAUUUUCGCUGGAGCCCCCAAGUUAUACCGUGGCACGAUUUGUUGUUGAUGUUAGAGGGGGAAGUUGUUCACCUACCAGCUCCGAAAACCCAUUUUAUGCAAGAUAUCGAGUUCACGAAAGACACUCCUAUCUUUUGUACGAGCAAGCGACCAUUGAUUUUCAUCAAGAAUAGCAUAGUCGAUGACCGUGAGACCGACAUGAUGGGUGUUAGGUGGAAGGUUUUCUGCCUUAAUUAUGCGAUACCUUUAGAACAGCAGCGGCAAGAUAUCCUGCCAUGCCCAAGAUGUUUCGCAACAUUAGUGCUUCAAUUGUAAAUAAAGUCAGAGACAAAAACAAACAUAUUCAUUUGACAGUAUUUUACCGUUUUGUGAUUAUAAAAUAAUUCUUAUAAUCAUAUUAUGUAUAGUAAUAAGCAUUGAUAUUUGUUGCAUAUUUUGUUUACCGUGUUGAAUCGCGUAAUGUUUACCGUAGCGUUUGUCUAUCUCUUAACCUUUUAACGCAUGAUAGAAAGAAGCUUGUGAGAAUUAUUUUAUAUGUAGUUGUGUAAAAACUGUAUGCGAUUAUAGUAUUAUGAAACAUAUUAAUUCUAAACGCUUAUAUUUAAAAUGCCCACGGUAAACAUUGAAAAGCGAUAGUUGCAGAAUAAUUAAGAAUCAUUGAGUAAUUAUAUUUAUAAUGGGAGUCCUCCGAUGUUUACCGUGAUAUUUUGCUGUUUAUUCCAAAUAUUUACUGUGUAUUAUCAUAAGUACAAUGUAGAUCAUUUGGCUAUAAGAAAGCAUGUGAAAUAGAAAUUUAUUGGCAAGUCCAGUCUUAUUUGUCCUAGCGGUUAUACUUUUGUGAGAAAAGAUCGCAGUGCGUGUCGACAUGGUGGUGGUGUUGCAAUUAUUUGCCGAAGUGAUUGGAAAGUUAAAAAACUUGCUUUGCAAAAUAACUUCGAAUGCUUGUGGUGCGAAAUUCAGACAAAAAAUAGCAAAUAUCACAUUGGAGCAGUUUAUUACCCACCUGACCCAGAGUACUCUGAAUCCGAAUUUCUAGAUCAUUUGUCGGACAGUUGCGAGCAGAUUUUACUCACCAAACCUAACGCUAGGUUAAUUAUCGCUGGUGACAUAAGCCAACUAAGGAUACAAGAUCUUUGUAACCAACAUAACCUAACACAACUGGUCAAAAAGUCUACCAGAGGUCCUAGAAUAUUGGAUGUGUUUUUGACGAAUUGCCCUCACUUGUGGAAACAACCCACUGUAUUCAAAGGUCUAGUUAGGUCCGAUCAUUUGGCGGUUAUGGUCACACCAAGGCUCCAAGCUAGACCCGAACGAAAACAUGUUUACUUUAGAGAUGUUAGGCACCACCGAAAGAUUGUUAUGGAGAAUAAAUUAAAAGUUUUCGACUGGAGUAAAGUCAAUAGUGCUAAUGAUGCUGAGGAAGCAGUGUUGCUCCUGAACAAAGAAAUUGUUUUAAUGUUCAACGAGAGUUUUCCUCUAAUCAAGAUUAAAACCUCCUCACGUGACCCACCUUAUAUGUCCCCAUUAGUGAAACAGUUAUGUAAAAUACGAAACAAACAAAUAAGUAAAGGAGUCAACACUGAACUUCAGGAAAGAAUAAAUAAACUUAUUCGAGAUAAUCAAAUUCGUGCUGUGUCGAAUGAUAACAAAAAGUAUAAACAAGGGGCGAAAGGUUGGUGGAAUACUGUCAAUAAAAUCACGGGCAGAAGUAUAAAAUCCCAUAACAUUAGUUCCUCCAUCGAUCCAAAUAUUAUUAACACCUAUUUUCAAAGCGUAAAUACGGACACUCAGUAUACACCACCACAACCCUUAACAAUCUCCCAAGAAAUUCGAAUCCCGAAGGUUGAUAUACAAACAGUUGAAACGUUCAUGAUAAAACAAAAACGAACUUCACCAGGCCCUGAUGGACUUCCAUACUGGCUGUGGAAAGACUACGCUCACUAUCUUGCACCUGUACUUACUAAAGUAUUAAAUCUUUCCUUGCAUGAACAGCACGUUCCCUCGCUUUGGAAACUCGCAAAUAUUAGCCCAAUACAAAAAGAGUCAACAUUAUCAGACUGCAGCCAGCUAAGACCCAUAUCAUUGACUAAUAUCAUCAUGAGACUUUUUGAGAAAAUUGUUUUUAGGGAAGAGAUUUUAGAACACUCUAAGUUAAUCAUUGGCCAUGAUCAGUUUGCCUAUAAAAAAGGAACAAAUACAACGUCAGCCCUUAUUAAAUGUCAACAUCAUUGGCUGAAAUGGUUGGACGAAGAUGCCGAGUUUGUAAGGGUUUUAUCUUUUGAUUUUAGAAAAGCCUUUGACUCGGUCCCGCAUGAUAUCGUAACUGGAAAACUUAAACAAACAAACCUAAAUCCUUAUAUCAUCAAUUGGAUUAUAAGUUUUCUGACGAAUCGAAAACAAAGGGUCGUGGUGGACGGAAUUAUAACAAGAUAUGUAGAUAUUAACAAGGGAGUGCCACAGGGAACCGUCAUUGGCCCGUUUCUAUUUUCUCUUAUGGUUGAUGACAUUAAACCCAAACAACCUGAAACUAAUGUAUUGGUUAAAUUUGCUGAUGACAUGACAGUUAGUGCACCAGUAAAGUCAAAUAGUGAUUCUGCAACAAUGGAAGUGAGGAACAUCGAGAACUGGGCAAGGAGAAACAGAAUGACUCUAAAUCUAACAAAAACAUGGGAGAUGCUUCUGAGUGGCGGAACGUCUAAGCCGCCACCAGCGCCUAUAGAAGGUAUUGAACGCAAGGAAUGGCUAAAACUGCUAGGUGUUACUUUCGAGGACGAUGUGUGCUGCUGGGACCUGCACGUUAAUGGCUUGUUGUCGAAGGCCGGAAGCCGAAUGCAUAUUUUAAGAGUAUGUAGAAGGUAUGGAUAUCGGCAGGAACAUCUCAGCUAUCUUUUUGACUCAAUAAUACUAUCGUUGUUUUUAUACGGUAUUGAAAUUUGGGGCUCAGCUCUUCAAAAGAAAUAUUUAGAACGCAUUGACAAGUUUUUUAAGCGAGCGUAUCGAUAUGGUUAUGUACUGAAAGAGUAUAAAAUGUCUGAGCUGAUUGAAACGAGAGACAGAAUUCUAUUCAAUAGGAUUUUAGAUAAUCCAGAACAUAUUUUAUAUGAACUACUGCCUGAGAAAAGACAAAAAAAUUUAAGAAAACGUGAUCAUCCUUUCAUCCUUCCUCAAGUCAGAACUGAAAGAUUUAAGCGUUCCUUUGUAAAUAGGUGUCUGUUUGAUUAUUUUUAG